GCUCAGGGUAUUAACGUCGCGCGUAUCGAUGUUCGAGGCGUCACCCUCACAAUAUUUUUAAACCUUAUGCGGUGUGUACGCUCGUACUGUACGCUGUAUAUUGCUCAGGCCUGUAUUUCUGUAGUGUCAAUACUGUGAUUCCAUCCAUACCGUCGAAACUAUCGAGCGACCUGAAGUUCGCAGCAAGUACGAGAUUCGCUCCUUUAUUGUGCCAUCGAAGAACAUAAUGCCAGAUAUUCAGCCUGAGGACAAGAGUGAACAGAUUCCAUCCGCUAAGAAGUUAAAACAAGCCCAGUUGCCGUUCAAGGUCAGUAGUCCUGCCGCGUCUCGGCCGGCCGGGCCGAACAAGGCGGCCCAGCCGGCCAAGAAGCGACACUUCUCCCGGGAGGAGGCUGGCAACGCCAAGACGGCACAGACCAAGAAGGCGAAGAAGUCGGGCUCCGGCUCCGACUGCGGCGAGGUGUCGUCGAGCUCGGACGAGCCCCGGCCGGGCUCGCCGCGCCGCCGGCCGCGCGCCCUGCUCGACCAGUUCGUGAGUGUGGAGCGGCCGCCGCCCGAGGUCUCCACCUCUUGCGACCUGGUCGACCUCACCGGCGAGGACAAGGAGAACCACGCCGCGCCGCCGGUGGCCCCGAAGCCGACCUCUGACCCGGCGGACGCGAAGCCGGCCCGCGACGAGCCGUGCCGCGCGCCGGAGCCGGAGAAGCGCGCGGACGGCGUCUCGGGCUCGCCGGCGAAAGGAUCGGAGCUGAAGACGAGCCAGCGGCGCGCCUCCGCCGAACCAGCAGAGCCGGAGCGGGGUCCGGACGGACCGGCGAGCGCGCCAGACUCGGACGGGGAGGCCGAUGGCGAGAGUGACGGCGAGGAGGUCGUCCUGCUGGACAAUGAGGCCGAGCGAAAGGGUGGAUCACCCGGCGAUAAAGCCGGCAGGAAGGACACAACGCUCACAGCACCAAGCGCCAAGCUGGCGUCCUUGGAGAGGAAGAAGACACCGAAGCAGAUAGAAAGAGAGAAGGUCCGGGCCAAGAGGGAGCAGGAGAGACAGGAAGAGAAACAGCGAAAGGAAGAAGAGAGGGAGAGGAUUAAGAAAGAAAAGCAAGAGCAAAAAGAAAAAGAGCGCAAAGAAAAGGAAGAGAAGAAAGAGAAAGAGCGUCAAGAUAAAGAAAAAGAAAAGCAGGAGAAACAGAAACAAAAAGAGACGGAAAGGCUGCAGAAGGAGGCUGAAAAGCAGAAGCGCGAGGACGAGAAGAAGCGGCUUAAGGAGGAAGAGAGGAAACAAAAGGAAGAAGAAAAGAAUCGCAAGGAAGAAGAGAAGCGCAAGGCAGAGGAAGAGGAGCAGAGGAAGCUGGAGAAGGCCAAGUCGAUGUUCUCCAGUUUCUUUGUGAAGAAGCCAAAAGAGCCCGGUGCAGAACAGGAAGGGGUGGAUGAAGAAGAAAACAAAGCCUUCCAGCAGUUCAGGGUGAAGGAGGACAUGGUGCUGGCACCGGGAGGCCACGCCAGGGACUACCUGGACGGCUUGGGCACCGGCGUCACGCGCUCCUCAGCGCGCGUGACCACCACCCUGUCCUUAGAGGAGGACCGGGAGCUGGACAGCUUCGGACCGCAUCGCGCUCUCCUCAGUUUGUUCGACCACAAGGAGGACGAGGAGGACCGGGAGCUGGACGGCCUCGGCACCGACAUCGUUCUCUCGUCGGCGGCGGCCAGCCAUCGGCUGCGCUUCAAGCUGCUCAUGUUCCACGAGAACCGCCGGCCGGCGUACUGGGGCACCUGGAGCAAGCGCAGCGGCCACGUGCGGGGCCGCCGCCCGCUCGGCCGGGAUCAGAACCUGAACUAUGACGAGGAUUCGGACGACGACUGGGAGGAGGAGGAUCCGAAUGGCGAGAGUCUCAGCGGGUCGGAGAAGGAAGUGGAGUCUGAAGACGAAUAUGAGGUAGACAACGAGUUUUUCGUGCCACACGGAUACCUCAGCGACGAAGAAGUGAAGGAUGAGGAAGAGAUAAUGUCGCCAGAGACGCAGAAAAUGAAGUUGAAAGAAAAGGGAGAGGAGUUUGAGAAGCAGAUGAAGAAGAAGACGACGGCCCUGAAGCCCCGUUUGAUCGGCUGCGUGUGGCAGGACGACACCAACGUCGAUCCGAUGCCGAAGCGUCCCUAG